CAGCAUCAUUUAAGAACACAAUUCAUAUACAAUUUUGAGGGCUCUUUGGCUUGCAUAUCUAUGAUCUUUCUUAAUAUAUGUUCUUUCAAUCUCCUCUGAGUUUAUUCCAAUAGUUUUCAUAUUAACUUAGGCACAGUUGGCUGUGACUCAGAGAAACUAAGCUCAUGUCAGGAGCUUCUUCAUCUUCACCAUCUGGAGCUGCUUUUAGUAUUUUCACCAUUGUUGUUGCAUGCAUCUUUGUUCUUGCUCCUUUUGCAAGAGCCCAGAAUGGAACUCAAGCCACUACAGAUCCCUCUGAAGUGAGAGCUUUGAAUUCUAUUUUUAACCAAUGGAAGAUAAAGGCUAACACCCAACAAUGGAAUACAACUGGGGACCCGUGCAGUGGUGCCGCCGUAGACGACUCCAGCUUCGACGAUGGCACUUUUAACCCCUUUAUCAAAUGCGACUGCUCUUUCAACAAUAGCUCUCUCUGCCACAUUACUCAACUGAAAGUUUAUGCAGUGGAUGUUGUUGGUCCAAUUCCAGAAGAGCUAUGGACUCUGACAUUCCUCUUCAAUCUGAAUUUGGCCCAGAAUUUCUUGACAGGCUCUCUUUCUUCAUCAAUUGGAAACCUCACUAAGAUGCAAUACUUGAGCUUAGGCAUAAAUGCAUUAUCAGGGGAGGUGCCAAAGGAAUUGGGACAACUUACUGAGCUAUUAAGUUUGUCCUUUUCAUCAAACAACUUCUCUGGUCCUCUGCCAUCAGAACUAGGAAAUCUAAACAAAUUAGAACAACUUUAUAUUGAUAGUUCUGGAGUUAGUGGCGAGAUACCUUCAACAUUUGCAAAUCUCCAAAGCUUGCAUACAUUAUGGGCAUCAGACAAUGAAUUCACAGGAAAGAUACCUGACUUCAUAGGAAAUUGGACAAAUCUUAAUACCUUGAGAUUUCAAGGGAACUCUUUUGAAGGACCAAUACCAUCAACGUUUGCAAAUCUGACAUCUCUAACAGACUUGAGGUUAAGUGAAAUAUCAUCUAAUGCAAGUACUUCUCUUGCAUUUAUCAGAAAUAUGAAGUCUCUAAGUAAAUUAGUACUUAGGAAUAACAAUAUCACUGGUUCAAUUCCAUCAAAUAUCGGAGAACUCCAACAGUUACAACAUCUAGAUUUGAGCUUCAACAAAUUCAAUGGACAGAUUCCAGGCUCUCUUUUCAACAUUAGCUCACUCUCUUAUCUGUUUCUUGGAAAUAAUAGCCUAAACGGAACUCUGCCUCAACAAAGAAGUACAUCUCUUCUCAAUAUUGAUCUGUCAUACAAUAAUCUAAUGGGGAGCAUUCCGUCUUGGGUCAACAAUCAACAAAAUCUACACAUUAACUUGGUUGGCAACAACUUUACAAUAGAUAGCUCAAACAACAGUUCUCUUCUUGCAAAAUUGAACUGUCUUCAAAAGAAUUUCCCCUGCGGUCUAGGCCGUCCCAUAUAUUCUAGUUUCGGAAUUAACUCUGGUGGUACUGAAAUUACAUCUUCUGAUAAAAUUUUGUAUGAGAAGGAUAAUGAGAAUUUGGGUCCAGCUACACAUUUUGUCACCAGCAGCAACAGAUGGGCAGAAAGCAAUGUUGGAACUUUUGUAGAUAGCAACAAUGCUAGUAGCUUUACAAGUUUUUCAUUAUCUCAGUUCACAAAUACUUUAGACACAGAACUAUUCCAGACAUCAAGGCUAUCUGCUUCAUCGCUGAGAUACUAUGGUCUAGGGCUUGAGAAUGGUAACUACACUGUCAAACUCCAGUUUGCAGAAAUUGUUAUACAGAGUUCUCGCAACUGGAAAAGCGUUGGCAGGCAUGUAUUUGAUAUUUAUAUCCAGGGAAUUCGAGUUUUAAAAGAUUUUGACAUAAAAAAGGAGGCUGGUGGACUCUCUUUUAGAGCAGUAGAGAGAGAAUUUACGGCUCAUGUUUCACAGAACUUCCUUGAAGUCCACCUCUUUUGGGCUGGAAAAGGAACUUGUUGUAUACCUGCUCAAGGUACUUAUGGGCCUUCCAUUGCAGCAAUCAGUGCCACCCCAGAUUUUACACCCACUGUCAGUAACAAAUCUCCAAGCACUAAGAAGAACCAUACAGGUCUGAUUGUGGGAAUUGUUGUCGGAUUUGCUGUUUUAAGCGUUUUGUGUGUGUUAGUGGCAAUCUACAUUGCUCAACGAAGAAAGAGAGCUCAAAUGAAUGAAGAGUUCGUUGGAAUGGAUGUUAAACCAUUCACUUUCAGCUAUAGCGAACUGAAGGGAGCUACCAAUGAUUUCAAUUCUACUAAUAAGUUGGGAGAAGGAGGAUUUGGACCUGUCUACAAGGGAACGCUUGAAGAUGGAAGAGUUGUUGCUGUGAAGCAACUGUCUGUGACUUCUCAUCAAGGAAAGAGCCAGUUUGUUGCUGAAAUUGCCACAAUAUCUGCUGUGCAACAUCGUAACCUGGUAAAAUUGUAUGGAUGUUGUAUUGAGGGAGAUAAAAGACUUCUUGUUUACGAGUACCUAGAAAACAAGAGUCUUGAUCAAGCAUUAUUUGGGAAGCAUAGCUUAAAGCUGGAUUGGCCAACACGUUUCGAUAUUUGCAUGGGUGUGGCAAGAGGUCUAACUUAUCUUCAUGAGGAGUCACGACUUAGAAUUGUACAUAGAGAUGUCAAGUCCAGCAACAUUCUGCUUGACUAUAGUCUCAUCCCCAAAAUAUCAGAUUUUGGUUUGGCUAAACUUUAUGAUGAUAAACAGACUCAUAUAAGUACACGAGUUGCUGGAACAAUUGGUUAUCUUGCACCAGAAUACGCCAUGCGUGGUCACCUCACAGAGAAAACAGAUAUCUUUGCCUUUGGAGUUGUGGCUCUAGAGCUUGUCAGUGGCAGGCCAAAUUCUGACUCUACUUUAGAUGAAGAAAGGAUGUACCUUCUUGAAUGGGCCUGGAAUUUGCAUGAACAAGGCCGUGAACUCGAACUGGUGGAUUCAGAACUAUCAGAAUUCGACGAGGAAGAAGUGAAGAGAAUCAUUGGAGUGGCUCUACUAUGCACUCAAACUUCACCAACAGUGCGUCCAUCUAUGUCCAGAGUGGUGGCAAUGAUUUCAGGAGACACUGAUGUGAGUACUGAAAUUUCAAGGCCUGGUUACUUGGCUGAUUGGAAAUUCAAUGAUGUGAGUAGUCUAAUGAGUCAUAUUUCAAAAGGGACCGAUUCUAGCUUUUAUGACUCAUCUGCAAGCACAAGCAUGGUGGCAGACGCAAAGCCACCAGCAACAGCUAGUGGCACAGCUCAACCAAAUGUUCACAGCACUGUUAGGGAGGGAAGGUGAUGAAAAAUUAGUUUAAGUUUGGUUUGCGGGAUGUUCUAUACUUCUUAGUUGUACAAUGUAAGAUUCCAAUGAAGACUGUUUUUUUUCCACCCCAAUUUGUAGUUAUUUAAUUAUUUUUGUUAUAGUUAUUUACUCUCUAACUUUAUGAUUGAGUUUUGAGAAGUGGAUUCUUGUAGACUCUUGGACUUUAUAAAAAAUAAAAAUAAAUAAUGGGUUGGAGACCCUUGUCCCU